AUGUCGGUUAUCACCCCCGGUGCUUCUUCUGGGCCCAGUACCAAGCAGAUACCUUUGCUCUGCACCGUUUGCCCUGAGACACCCCGGUUCUCCGAUGUUUCUCACCUCCUCACGCAUAUUGCCUCCAAAGGCCAUCUUCACCACGAGACUCAGACAAAGCUGAAGGCUCAUCAAGACAUUGCAGCCUCUGUCUCCCUUCAGCAGUACGAGCAGUGGUACAAAGAAAAUGGCAUCGAAGGGUUGCUUGUUGAAAGAAUGAAAGCCAAGCAACUGAAAGAGGCUACAAGAAACAAGCGAGCCAGGGGAGCUACAUCAGCGCUCGCUUCUUCAAAGCAACCCAAGAGAAGAAUCAAGCGAACCGAGUCCGACACUCCUGUAAAGAAUGAGCGCGAAGAAUACCCCGUAGACUUUCCCGUUUAUCCAGGGUUCUUUGUAUCCGAUAUUGAAAAUGAAGCUCCAGACGAGUUUUUGGUAUCGGCCGACAUGAUGGCACUGAAGGGUCAAGUAUGGCCAGGCAUGGGCAAGAUGGAUUUGGCAAAUGAGGACAUGAAGCGUACUCGUAACCAAAGGAAGCCCAAAUCCGCCAUUGAGAAAAUGAGGAGAACUUCUGAAGGCAUUGAGCCCACGCAAGUUGUGAUGACGGCCGAGUUUGAGGUUGAAAGGAUCAAAGACGUGUAUGAUAGCUCUUCGCCAGUGCCGGACCAGGAGGAAACGACUCCGCCCAAAAAGGUAGCGAAGCCUCGACGAAAGCGAGGGGAGCCCCUGGCCGAGAUUUCUGCCAACGUUCCUCGAGGAAAUAGCCGUCGUAUCACACGCAGCAAUCUUGGACAAGGAAAAAGCUCCAAGCCGCAUAUGGGGUACAGCCGGACUGCAAGCUCCGACAUCACUCCUCUUGGACAGUUCAAGCGUUCUCACGACAUAUUCCGAGAUGAGGAUACAAUCACUGGUAUACAUAUCUGCAUUUUUAUCAAAAUUCCCUUUACUGAUGUGAUUCAGGACUCUAUGACAAUCGACCGCUAUCAGGUUCUUCUCAUAGGGAGCCGAGGCGCUUUGAACCACUCGGAUCUAUAUACCCUGAAUGGAACAUCGAUCUACAAUAACCCACCGCGAUAUCCUUUCGCCUCAAGCAACCACUUCAACACUCUCAGCCACGACCACUUUCGCCUUUCUUCAGGCCACCACGCUCAACAUAAAUUGGAUGAUUUUUCCAACCCUGGUACGAAUGAUGCAGUCUCAGCGACAAACCAGUUCCUGGAUAUGCCUGGCGCAAAUCCUCUGUUCUCGCAGGACCGUCUCUUCUUUGGAUCGGGUUCGGCACAAAAUUUGUCUUCGUUGGGAUUUACUUCGAUAAACCGUAAUCAAGAUGCCGUCCAUUCGAUGCGCCAAAACCAUGACCAAUCCCAAUCUGCCGCGAGCAUCAAACUGGAGCCACAGCUCUGUGAUGUUCUGGAUGAAGGUAAUAUUGACGAUGAAAAAGAGUCACGCUAUACUGUACACGCCCUUUGGUCGCCACAAGGCCCUGACAACGACGUAGAUAUCGACGAAGAUCUCCGACAUGACGAACUGGAACUUUAA